AUGGGAACUAUACAAGAAGCAGGGGAAAAGGCACCAGAUCCUGGGGUCAGGGAGAAUACAGAAGCAGCAGAACUAGGAGCAGCCCUGAGACUUGGGGAACUGGAGCUGAAGGAGGAAUGGCAGGAUGAAGAAUUCCCCCGAUUGCUUUCUGAGGACGCUGGCCCUUCCGAAGAUCCUGAAGACCUCAAAGAAGACUCUCAGGCAGGUACAUACCCCAGCACUUUAGCCCUCUGUGGCCAACGCCCCAUGCGUAAGCGUCUUUCUGCCCCAGAGUUGCAGCUAAAUCUGACUGAAGGGCCUGGAGAUAGUGGAAGUUCUCCCACCCAUUCUGCACCUUCUUCUUCUGGUGGCAGUUCUGACCUGGCGAUAGAUGAAUUGGAGACACCUUCAGACUCAGAACCGCUGGAUAGUGGACAUGAAUUUGAAUGGGAAGAUGAGUUGCCCCGGUCAGAGAGUCUAGGGGCUAGCGAGGCAGCUGAAAGACUGGGUCAGGGUUGUGUGUGGGAUGUGGCUGGAGAAGAUGGUCAUCGCUGGAGGGUGUUCCGAACAGGACAGCGAGAGCAGCGAGUGGACAUGACUGUCAUCGAACCCUAUAAGAAAGUUCUAUCUCAUGGAGGUUACCAUGGUGAUGGCCUCAACGCUGUUAUUCUCUUUGCUUCCUGUUACCUACCUAGAAGCAGCAUUCCCAACUACACCUAUGUCAUGGAACACUUAUUUAGGUAUAUGGUAGGAACUCUGGAGUUGCUGGUAGCUGAAAAUUAUCUACUUGUUCACUUCAGUGGAGGCACAUGUAGGGCCCAAGUACCACCUCUGAGUUGGAUACGCCAGUGUUACCGUACCCUGGACCGCCGGCUCCGGAAAAAUCUACGAGCCCUGGUAGUUGUCCAUGCUACAUGGUAUGUGAAGGCAUUGCUGGCACUGCUGCGUCCCUUUAUCAGUUCCAAAUUCACAAGAAAGAUCCAGUUUCUGGACAGUCUUGGGGAACUGGCUCAACUCAUUUCCUUGGAUCAGGUCCACAUCCCUGAAGCUGUCAGACAGCUAGACCAAGGUCUCCAUGGCUCAGGAAGGACCUAGCACAAGACUGGAAAAAGGGCC